UGACCGCCGAUAAAAAGGCUCUCCUCAUUGACCAGCUCUUGCCAGAGGCAAUUAAGUUGCAUUCCGAUCGUCUUCUUGUGGUUCCGGAGAAUGUUAUAGUGGUGCGCCGUUUUGUCGUUAGCGCGUGUGUGUACUUCACGAUUCCGUCUGAUCACCGCGAUCCUGGUGUUUCCGGUGCUGACAUGGUUCUGUACGCUGCUGCUGGGCCAACUGUUGGCGAAAACGCCGCAUGGAGCCUUUUUUGCUCUACUCUUUCGAGCGGCCGACCGUCCGUUGGUGCCAUUAACUUUGGUCCACAACACAUUGCGGCAAAUCGGGUCGUCAUUCGCGCUGCGGCCCACGAAAUAGCGCAUGCCCUUGGUUUCUCUGUGUUCUUUUUUAGUGAGCAUAAGAUGCUAACACAAGUGCCGAGCUUGCGCGACAAGCCCGACGUUGUGGUGGUGUCAUCGAAGAAGACACUUCAGGCCACCCGGAAGCACUUUAACUGCUCGACUGCCCCUGGUAUGGAGCUGGAGGACGAGGGUGGUCCGGGGACAGC